UGUGGCUACAUUCCCACAUCUGGCGCAGUUUAACCCCAGCCAGAGACGACGAUGCCCGUGAUGAUGGUCAUUAGGAAAAGUAAACCUUUAAUGUCACAAAGCAAGGAAAUUGAGACUAUCUUUUUGUAAUGCCAUUCUUUCUUUCCCUGUAGCUCUUGGCACCUGGUUCCUAGAAUGUUUGUUUUAGAGCUUGAUAAUGUAAGGUCACUUAAGUCACGUCACCUGUAGAACUCUUUUUUUUGGAACAGACAUAUGCAUACUAACGUAAUACUUUCUUGUAUGUGUAUUCCUGGCCCUGUAGAUGUCAGGGCUGCAACAUGUAACUUACCCUGUUGUCCCAGCUACUCGUGAUCUGCAAAUCCACGUAAGGCCUUGGAGAACAUGGGCAGGCUUUCAGGUCUCAGGCACUUCAGACAUGUGCUCGGUCAUCACUUCUCAAAUUUGACCCCCAAUGUGCUUCCAGAGGCAGAAGAGAGAGAACACAUUCUCCUGGUAGACAGGGGGUGGGUUCUGGGACCACAGAGUGGUUUCUUGGUUUGUGAACUAGUGGUACCUGGGACUUCUUUUGUCUAUAGAGUUAUGUGCCCUAAAAUAGUACAGCUUGUCUGAAUAAGUAGAACAGAUCAUCAAAUAGUUUGUUUUUAUCUCAUUAGUGCCAGUGAAGUUCAUGAAUAUCUUCCAACAGACAGCAAGGCACUGAGCCACGUUUUUGGAUAGCACUUCGUUGUGAGAGCUUCACGAGGGGUUCAAGGAGAUUAUAAGACAUAUGAAGAUUCAUGAGAAGGACCCCAGCAGCGCUACAGCUACAGCCCCUCCGUCCCCACUGAAGCGCAGGCGGCUGUCCUCCAAAAGGAAACUGAGUCACGAUACAGAGUCAGAGAAGGAAGACCCCGCGCCUGCUAAAAAGAUGGUAGAGGACAGGCAGUUGGGUGACAUGGAGAAGAAAGCUGAUGAAGUGUUUCACUGCCCACUGUGUUUCAAGGAGUUCGUGUGCAAGUACGGGCUGGAGACCCACAUGGAGACCCACUCAGAUAACCCGCUAAGAUGUGACAUUUGCUGCGUCACCUUCCGCACACACCGAGGACUGCUGCGCCACAACGCGCUGGUCCACAAGCAGCUUCCCAGGGACGCGGUGGGAAGGCCCUUCAUCCAGAACAACCCCUCCAUCCCUGCCGGCUUCCACGACUUAGGCUUCACCGACUUCUCCUGUAGGAAGUUUCCUCGCAUUUCUCAGGCCUGGUGUGAAACGAACCUGCGCAGGUGCAUCAGUGAGCAGCACCGCUUCGUCUGCGACACGUGUGACAAGGCCUUCCCCAUGCUCUCCUCCCUCACCCUGCACAAGCAGACCCAUGUAACUACCGACCACGGACGGGAACGGCUGCAGGCCAGGGCCCCGCCUGGCGACGCCCCCGACCAGAAGGUCUUCCUGGCCAUGCUGGGCCUGCAGCACAUCGAAGACGCCAGGCCUGCCCUGGCCGAGGAGCCGCUGCCGGAUGACAACCAAGCAAUACAGCUCCAGGCACUCAAGUGUCAGCUACCUCAGGACCCUGGCUGCACCAACUUGCUGAGUCUGUCUCCUUUCGAAGCUGCUUCCCUGGGCGGGUCUCUCACCGUCCUCCCGGCCACCAAGGAGAGCAUGAAGCGUCUGUCCCUGCAGCCCUUCCAGAAGGGCUUCAUCAUCCAGCCUGACAGCAGUAUUGUGGUCAAGCCCAUCUCUGGGGAGUCAGCCAUCGAGCUGGCAGACAUCCAGCAGAUCCUGAAGAUGGCAGCCUCGGCCCCCCCUCAGAUCAGUCUUCCGCCUCUGUCCAAGGCCCCCGCUGCCCCUCUACAGGCCAUUUUCAAACACAUGCCCCCUUUGAAGCCAAAGCCCCUGGUCACACCGCGGACGGUGGUGGCUACCUCCACGCCUCCACCCCUCGUCAACGCGCAGCAGGCCUCCCCGGGCUGCAUCAGCCCCAGCCUGCCCCCGCCGCCGCUGAAGCUCCUCAGGGGCUCCGUGGAGGCGGCCUCCGACGCCCCCCUGCUGCAGUCCCAGUCGGGGGCGCAGCCGAACACGGCCGCACAGCUCUUCCUGCGGCAGCCGCGCCUCGAGCUGCCGGGCCAGGCCGAGAUGAAGACACAGCUGGAGCAGGACAGCAUCAUCGAGGCCCUCCUACCCCUGAGCAUGGAGGCCAAGAUCAAGCAGGAGAUCACGGAGGGGGACCUCAAGGCCAUCAUGACGGCCCCCGGCGGCAAGAAGACGCCGGCCAUGCGCAAGGUGCUCUACCCCUGCCGCUUCUGCAACCAGGUGUUCGCCUUCUCGGGGGUGCUGCGUGCGCACGUGCGCUCCCACCUGGGCAUCUCGCCCUAUCAGUGCAACAUCUGCGACUACAUCGCCGCCGACAAGGCCGCGCUCAUCCGCCACCUGCGCACACACAGCGGCGAGCGGCCCUACAUCUGCAAGAUCUGCCAUUACCCCUUCACGGUCAAGGCCAACUGCGAGCGGCACCUACGCAAGAAGCACCUCAAGGCCACACGCAAGGACAUCGAGAAGAACAUCGAGUACGUGACCAGCAGCGCGGCCGAGAUGGUGGACGCCUUCUGUUCCCCAGACACGGUGUGCCGGCUGUGCGGCGAGGACCUCAAGCACUACCGCGCCCUCCGCAUCCACAUGCGCACACACUGCGGCCGCGGCCUGGGCGGCUGCCCCAAGGCCCGCAAGCCCUUCGAGUGCAAGGAGUGCAGCGCCGCCUUCUCGGCCAAGCGCAACUGCAUCCACCACGUCCUCAAACAGCACCUGCACGUGCCCGAGCGUGACAUCGAGAGCUACGUCCUGGCGGCCGACGGCCUGGGCCCCGCCGACGCGCCCGCCGAGGCCCCGGGCAGGGUGGAGGAGGGCGGCGCCGCCCUGGGUGAGCGCAAGCCCCUGGCCGCCUUCCUGGAGCCCCAGAACGGCUUUCGUCACGGGACCCCCGCCCAGCCGCUGCCCCCGCACGUCGCGGUCAAAGUGGAGCCCGCCAGCAACUUCGCAGGGGACUUCAACGAGCCCCUGGACUUCUCCCAGAAGGGCCUGGCCCUGGUCCAAGUGAAGCAGGAGAACUCGGCCUCCUUCCUGAGCCCUUCCGCCUCGGCCCCGUACGACUGCUCCAUGGAGCCCAUCGAUCUGUCCAUCCCCAAGAACUUCAGGAGAGGAGACGAGGACGCGGCCGCUCCCGGGGACGCCAAGAAGCCUGAGCAGGAACCCGCGAGCGAUGAGCAGGCCUCUCCCUGUCCACCAGCCUGCCCCACCCUGCCGGUGACCUUGGGCCCCGGCGGGGUCCUGGAAAAGCCCGUGGCCCCUGUAGCGGCGGCCUCUGCUGCCAGCACUCUGGAAGCCCCGGCUCCGCCCCUGCAGGGCUCCGUUCAACUCGCUGUGCCCAUCUACUCCUCAGCCCUGGUCAACAGCUCCCCGCUCCUGGGCAACUCCACCCUCCUAAGCAGCCCAGCCUUGCUGCGGCCGCUGCGCCCCAAGCCUCCCCUGCUUUUGCCAAAGCCCCCCGUGACAGAAGAGCUGCCCCCGCUGGCCUCCAUUGCCCAGAUCAUCUCAUCCGUGUCCUCGGCCCCCACCUUGCUGAAAACCAAGGUGGCUGUUGCCCCGGGGCCCGCAAGCACUGGCAGUAACGCUGCAGCUGCCGACGUUGUAGGGGGCGCCGUCUGCAAAGCCACCACCGACGUCGCCAGCAGGAAAGGGUCCAGUGACUCCCCACCUGCUGCCACCAGCCCAGAGGCAGCCUCGCCCACUGAGCAGGGACCAGCUGGCUUGUCAAAGAAGAGGGGCCGGAAAAAGGGGACGAGGAGCCGGCUGCGCACCAGCGGCGGGGUGGACCUGGACUCCAGCGGGGAGUUCGCCAGCAUCGAGAAGAUGCUGGCUACGACGGACACCAACAAGUUCAGUCCGUUCCUGCAGAGCGCAGAGGACGACGCUCAGGACGAGGUGGCCGCAGACCACAGCGGGCCCAGCGAUGAGGAGCAGGGCAGCCCCCCGGAGGACAAGCUGCUGAGGGCAAAGCGCAACUCCUAUGCCAGCUGCCUGCAGAAGAUCAACUGCCCCCACUGCCCCCGGGUCUUCCCCUGGGCCAGCUCCCUGCAGAGGCACAUGCUCACGCACACUGGUCAGAAACCCUUCCCUUGUCAAAAAUGCGGUGCCUUCUUUUCCACCAAAUCUAACUGUGAACGCCACCAGUUGCGCAAACACGGAGUUACCGCCUGUUCCCUGAGAAGAAACGGGCUUAUCCCCCAGUCAAAAGAGAGUGAUGUUGGAGCCCAUGAUAGCACAGACAGCCAGUCGGACGCUGAGGCAUCGGCGGGAGGCGAAGUGCUGGACCUCACCUCCCGGGAGAGGGAGCCGCCGACAGCCGAAGGAGCCGCCGCCGAGCCCAGCCGGGUCCCGGACGAGUCGCCGGCGGAGGAGGCGGAGCCGGCGGCAGCCACGCCGUUGGCCGGGGAGGAGAGGGGCGCCGAGGAGGCCGCGGAGGCCGAGGAGGAGCGCGCGGAGGAGGAGUGGGACGAGGACGCAGACAGCCCCGAGGAGGACACGGUCAGCAACAAGAGCCUGGACCUCAACCUCGCCAGCAAGCUGAUGGGCUUCAAGCUGGCCGAGGGCGAGGCUGGCGCGGGGGGCGGCGGGGACCCGGCUGCGCAGGACCACAGGCACGCCCGCCACGCCUGCCACGUCUGCGGCAAGAGCUUCAAGUUCCUCGGGACCCUCAACCGCCACCGCAAGGCCCACGGCCGCGAGGAGCCCGGGGACAGGAGCGCGGCCCCCCGGGAGCCCGAAGGGCCACCGCCCACUGCCCCCGAGCUGCCGCAGAGACCCGCCGAGCCCCCGGCCACCGAGCCCCCCGCCCAGGCGGAGGCCGCGUCCGAAGCCCCCGGGGAGAAGCAGAGCGAGGAGGCCGAGGGCCCCUCGGACGGGGAUGGGGAGGGCCUGGCCGAGAAGAAGCCCUCGGAGAAGAGUGAGGAGGACAAGAAGCCAAAGACAGACUCCCCCAGGAGUGCGGCCAGCAAGGCGGACAAGAGGAAGAAGGUGUGCAGUGUGUGCAGCAAGAGGUUCUGGUCCCUGCAGGACCUGACCCGGCACAUGAGGUCACACACAGGAGAGAGGCCGUACAAAUGCCAGACCUGCGAGCGAACCUUCACCUUGAAGCACAGCCUGGUUCGCCACCAGCGGGUCCACCAGAAAGCCCGGCACGCCAAGCACCGCGGGAAGGACAGCGACAAGGAGGAGCGAGGCGAGGAGGACAGCGAGAGCGAGUCCGCCCACAGCGGCGCCACCCCCGUGUCGGAGAGCGAGGCGGACUCGGCCCUGCUCGCCAGCAACCACGCGGCCGUCACCCGCAGCCGGAAGGAGACUCUGGCCCCCAAGGAUGCAGGCCGCAGGGAGGAGAGGGCGGCCGGCCGGACGGCGGGUGCUGGCCAGGCUGAGGCCGGCAGGAGUGCUCCCAGGGCUGCUGCCGCGGGCAGCCCCAAGGAGCAGGCGUCCCCGGGUGACCCUGAGCGGGAGAGCCCGGCAGCCCUCGUGCAGGACCUGCUGGAGCUGCCCAGCAGGAGGCCCGCCCACCCGCUCCUGGCCGCUGCCGACAGCGCCUCGCUCCUGGGCCUGGAAUGACAGCCCGUCCUGCCCCCCAGCACACAGACGAAAGCCAGCAGAGCAAAAUGUCCUGAGUCUAUAUUUCCCGAGGUUUCCUCAGUGCCCUUCAGCUCUUUGGGGGGGGGGGGAGGGGGGGAAGGGGGCGGGCGCCUCGAUCAGUGCCAUAGCCUUACAGACCCAUGCGGAGAUGCAGCACGUGCGACUCGAGUGCCUUAACUACUUACCAGCCCUUUGGUGUCGUCUUGGGUGUUGUGUUUUCCCAAAAUGACUUCUUAAAAAACAAAGCAAAUAUUUUAAUGAAUUAUUUGGAGAGGACCUUUUCAUUUAAGCAUUAACGUUACCUUCUGUUUUGGUGUGUGUUAACUUGUUUUUGCAAUUCUGUGAUAGUAACGUUUGUUCUGUGAGCUGGAAACAGAAGGAAAAAAAAAAAAACAUGCCCUCGGAUACCCAUGGCCAAUAACUGGAAGAAAGUGAUGUGAAUUUCAUGUAAAUUCCCAGAGGAAAUGUGGAUAAGAUGCUCAUUCUCAACUAGGCUUUUUUUUUUUUUUCUCUCUUUGCUACAUGGUGGGGCUGUAAUUUGGUCCUCGAUAUAUUGCAGGAUGUGGUUGAUGAAGGUUUCCAGUUUGGUUCAAGCCAAAACCAGGAAAGAUUCUAGCUUCGACCUCGUACAUGUUUCCACUCUCUCAGCGUUAGAUAUGCCAUUACUGUUCAAGUUUCAAGACAGAAGAGUUCCCCUGGCAACUGAACUGAUGGAAAACAUGCAUAGGUGUCAUGUAUCUGAUUCCCCCCCCCUUUCGGUAUAUGUAUUAAUAAUAUUAUUAUUAUUAUUAUUAUUAUUUGUAGUUCAUCAGUUUGCUGGUCUCUGCAGUCAGCAGAAACAAAUGGGCAAUAUUUGUCCUGGGAGACCUGGGCCGCCCCCAGGUCCCCGUGUGAGCGUCUGCCUGCAGCUGUCCUUGGCUCUCUGGGCGGUGGCUCUUCUACUGUACUUAGACAAGCCUUUCUUCCGUGACUGCAGAACCCCGCAGGGGCCGUGUGGUCUGCCCGCCCGCCCGCGGGGCCGAGGGGCAGCCGGGGAGGGGAGAGGGGAGGAGGCGAGGUGCGUGCCUGGGCUUCCGGGAAAGCCAGGCGGCAGCAAGACCUGCCCUUCGCGGUCUUCUGCCAGACCCAGCCCAGGCCUCACCCGCCUGCGCCCCUGUCCUUUGCAGAGCGAUGAAAUACUACUACUGGUAAUAAAACUGCACAUGCGAGAUUGAAAAGGAAAAAUUAGGUGUAUGUUUACCUUCCUGUGAUUUGGGGUUGGUGCUCGAAGAUAAACGUGUUGUGUCUAGUUUCUGAAUCGCCUGAACCCCUGGGUGCACAGAGGCGGGAUUUUCUUGCGUGAGCAUCGUUGCAGGCAAUAGACCCCCUUACUGUAGCUGCCAGCAGUGAAAAGAAACAGAUCCUACUGUAGUUGGGCUGUGCUCAGCAUCCUGUCCUCCCACCAGGCGCCUGGGACGCCCCAGCCUCAGUGCCUCAGGCCUCCCGUGCCACCCCUCCCGGGACCCUGGCCCUUUCUGGCCCCCGGGGCUCCUCUGUCCUUACACCUGUGUCCACCACAGGGACCCCCUUCCUCUCCACUUCCUCACCAACUCCUGGUAGCCAAAAGCCAACCACCCGGGCUUCAAAGGAAGCUAUAUGUGUUCUUGACAUGAUGAAAAGUGAUCUCUUUGCAUGUGAAAGGAAAAAGGUUGAGGUAUAUAUGACUUUUAACUGUAUUAGGGAUGUGUGAACCAGUUUCAAAAGGUUUUCUUCACUCUACGUGAGCACGAAUCAGAACCAAUGAUUCCCCCACCCAGUAUCACUUCCUACCAAGCGUGGUGUGCUUAGUUAAAACCAGUUCAUUCAUCCCUGAAUUCCUUAUGACGAUUGUUGUUGUUAUUUUUGUUGUUGUUAUUAUUGGGGGUUGCUUGUGUUUUGUUUUUCUUCGCAGCUCUCCACACUAAAGCUCGGAACGUUGUGGGGAGCGGCCACGACUUAACUCUACGCUGGGGUGGGACGGAGCAGGAGCCAGGCCGGCAGCACAGCCGGGGCUGCCGCUCGCAGGGAUCACGAUCCACUGAAAGCUUUAUUUAGCCUUGUCUGCGCCCUCGUAGUCGAUAAGGUCUUGCCACAUUUUACUAGUGAGGUUGAGAGAUGUAUCAUUUGUUUGAUGUUCUGUCCCCUCCCCCAAUAUUAAACUGUGAAAUUUGUGAUUUGUUUAAACUCUGGGUGAAUCAUAGCUUAGUUUGCAUGUCCAGCUAAUUUGUUUCUCUACAUUUGUUUGAUUCUCUUUCUCCUUCUCUCAGGGCUUUUACAAAAAAAUAUAUAUAUAUGGAUCUUCUGAAAAGUUUUUUGAGGUGCAAGUUUCUCUCUUUUGUUUUUCUCUUUGAUUUAUGGACACGAUGCUGAGAUUCAAUCACUACAUGAAACUCCCGGCUGUGAAAACAAAACAAAAAAACCAAAGGGCUGUUUUUUCCACCAGCCCUGGGGAAGCUAUGUGACAGUCGGAUGCCGGUUUCAGGAAGUUUCACCGUUCUUUCCACCCUCUGUUCCUCUCUUUCCUCCAGAAGGAAGUUGAUCCUAGUGAUUUCAGCCCACGCAUUAAACAGGAAACAAUAAUAAAUGUGUAGAAUUCAUAUUUUUCUAAAGGGAACUUAAAAACUGCUGCUACAUGUUAUGUACAAAACUGGUUUAUGCCACAUGAACAGAGAAUCACAAAUUUGGUUUUGGUACUUUUCGCUCCUCUUUGUAUUCAGUUGUAUAGUACUUCCAAAUUCAAAAUGAGAAGAAAAGCUGUUCUGUAUCAAACCAUCUAAGCAAUAAAUGUUAUAUUUUAAAAACGGCAGGUUGCCGGUCACAUGGCCCGUCUGAUUUGCUGUGAUC